AGACACCAAAGUUUAAGAGAACAUGGAUGCUAUUUUGUUCAAAUCAAGUGAUAGACUCAAGUCUCAGGUUUUGUAGAUUGAAGACUUUUCUUGAGACAUAUCUAUCUAAAUCACGACUUCAUUGGUUCAAUAUGGGAUACUGCAGGCUCGUCCUUCUGGUGUUUUCUGUCUGUGUUGGUAACAUCACAUCUUUCGAAUGCGAUAUGGACGCGAAGAUUUGUGAAACAAGCCUCGUUAUUGAUUACAAGCUAACGAUGACUUCACUGGUUUCGGGGAAAAAGAUUUGUGCUCGGGGAGGGCAGCUGUACAAUUGUGAUGAUACUAAUGACAUCAAUCCAAUUCCUUUGAGCGAGGUCAUCACUGCGGACGGAUGGGGACAAGAAAAACUUGUAAUUGUUGCCAACUCCAGUCUCUCUAACCUUCCAAUCAUUGUGUACAAGGACCAGAGAUUGAUAAUUAAUGUCAUCAACAAUCUGCUUUCUGAAACAGUUACGGUGCAUUGGCAUGGCCUUCUACAGAAGAACACCCCUUGGAUGGACGGAGUCGGCUUUAUCACACAGUGCCCAAUACUACAAGGACAGUCCUUCAGGUUUGACUUCAUUGCUAAUCCAGCUGGAACUUACUGGUAUCAUUCGCAUGUCGGUAUGCAACGAGGUAUGGGCCUCAACGGACCGCUUAUAAUCAAAGAACGAAAUCAGUCAUAUAGUGAAAUAGAGGAACAUAUCAUGACUGUGCAGGGAUGGAAUCAUGAUUGGGGUGCUGUUCAGGAUUAUUAUGCCGGUUUCAAUUUCACUUCAGGUCUAAUAAACGGUAGAGGAAGGUACUACACAAAUAUAACCACAAAUGAACACAACGAAGCUCCAUUGGAAACGUUUAAUGUUGAACAAGGAAAACAGUACAGAUUCAGAGUGAUCAACGUUGGAGCAAUGCAUUCGUUUAGGAUAUCUGUGGACGACCAUGACAUAACAUUAAUUGCCUCCGAUGGAAAAGAUUUCAAUCCUGUAAAUGCCGAAUCAUUCAUUUUCAGUCCAGGAGAACGGUUCGAUUUUAUAUUAACGGCAAAUCAGUCUAUCGACAAUUACUGGAUUCGUGCUGUUACAUUUGAUGACAAAGAAGUUCAGAGAGCUGAGGCUAUUUUGAGGUACAAAACUGCCUCUUUGAUAGAUCCCGUUACCUCAAGGAAACCAUGCACACCAUCUUCUAAAUGCUUAGUCAUCAAUUGCCCUUUUUCAUUUUUUCCAGAGACGGAUUACAUUAUCUGCAAACGCUUUGACGAAAUGAGGAGGCCAGGUAAUGACCCCGCCCCUUCACCAACUGGAAAUAAAACGUUUAAGGAAUUUUUCCUGAACUUUGGUUUUCCUGGGAGGAAUUUCACCCCAGCGUCGGUGAAUGGAAUUCAAUUCGUGCUUCCCAAGGUGUCAGCUCUAACACAACCCCAAGAAAUAGAUGUAACAUGUGAUAAUGCUGGGUGUGGUGAGGACAAAAUAUGCACGUGCAUGCAUUCAAUAUCAAUAAACCCAAACGAAAUCGUUCAACUUGUUCUUCUAAAUAUGGGGAAAGGAAGAGUAGAAGCGCAUCCCAUUCAUCUCCAUGGAUAUUCGUACUACGUUCUGAAGAUGGGAUACGCCACGUAUGACAAUAUAACAGGUGAUGUUAUCUCACAAAACAAGGACAUUAACUGUCGCGGAGAAGGAGACCAAAACCAAAGUUUCUGUAACAACGCUACGUGGAGUGACCCGAGUUGGCUAGGAGGUAAUGUUCCAGAUAUGGAACUAGAACAUCCACCACGUAAGGACACACUAUUAAUACCUAGCGGAUCAUAUGCGGUGUUGAGAAUAAGGGCCGGUAACUGGGGUGUAUGGUUGAUGCAUUGCCACAUAGCUAGACACUUCCAGGAUGGAAUGGGGUUGGUUAUCAACGAUUCUUUUGCCUUGCAAUCAAAAUUGCCUCCACCGGAAGGGUUUCCAGUGUGCCGAAGUUUUCCAUACGAAACGAAGAAUACUACUAGUACUGGGGCACAGACGGAUGACGUUGUUGAGGCAGACAAAGCUGCGGAAAAUGACGUGUACAAGGUGGCCUUUUGGGUGAUGUUUCCAGUGAUGCUGGUUGUGAUACUCCUUACUGUUGCCUAUAUCGUAUACCUUCGGAAACAAAAUCAGAAGCUCACAAGAGGAUCGGUAACUGGCACAGAGAUGAGCACAAGAACUGUGUCGUAAAUUGAUAACUUUUCAUUUUUAGAUUUAUAUCCUAGUUAGUACCACAAAAUGUUUAAAACUAAUUGAAAUGUAUUAUUCUACUUUAUUUUACCAAAUGUUUUAUUCCUUAUCUCACAGGGAAAUAUGCUAUUUCUUUGUGUGAUAUGAAGGUGGAUGAUUAUGAGUAUGCCCAUAAGAGUGCCUUGUGGUUUUGUUGUAACUGCCCGAGGUCUUGAUGUGAUGACGUGAUGUUACUUUGAGUCUACCUAGAUUUACAUUGCGGGCGUCGUCUUAGAAACAGAAGACGCUUACCCUUUCCGAACACAUGGUGUUAUUCUUCUUAUGCUUUUUCAAGGGUUUCGAUUUCGAAUUAUGGUUUUGUUCUUAAUUGAAAUACAAAGUUGGAUGUUCACGAUUGUACAGCGUGUCGCCCAAAGCUCUCAAGACCAUUCCAAAAGAUCACUGUUAAAGCUAUUGCUAACAUUCAAAUUCUGUUUAUUGCUUGUCCGAAGCAUUAUUCCAAUUGGCUUGAUUUGUUAGUGAAGCUUUAUAGAUCUGGUUUGGGGGUUUUACUUUCUCGCAACAGCUAGGGUCAUAUAAUGACGAUGUCCUUGGAGGAUAGAGCCACCAAGGGCCAGUUUAUAGUGUUACAGUUCUUAGAUUUUUCUCCUUUUCAAAGGUCGCUAAAGAGACAAAAAACGAAUCGUCAUUAUUCCUAAUCAUGUCAUCAGUUUUGUUAGAUAGAAAUAGCAAAGCAAAAGGUCAACGAUAAGCAAAAGGUAAACGAUAAAACGGUUCUGGUGUUUAUCUGGACAAUUUGAAAAAUUGCAAAUCAGCGAAACCUCUGCUGUAUAUAAACUUUUGUGAUCAUGGCAAGGGGCCAAAUCAAAUAUUUUUGCAAUAAACAACCAUGUUAUUUUAAAUGAUUUAUGUUUUUUCUGUUGUAGAGCAUGUAUAAUUCAAUCAUGAUUGUCUUUAGAUGAUAAUAUACUGUAUCUUUUUAAAAGACAAAAGCAAGAUAAAAGGAAUAAUAUUUUUCAUAUUAUGUGUCAAAUAUAUUUUAAGGAUCCUUGCCUCUUCCAAAAACUGUUUCGACGCAUUGGAAGUUGUUUUUUCCAGCCUGACUGUAGUUAUGAUAAAUCAUUUCUUAAAGGAAACCAUACAUUGCGGGACUUUUACUAAACAAAAUAAUGGUGGAGUAGAUAAAUAAAAAUCAGCGGGGAGAGAGCGGAAUUCGAUCCCUAAACUUGUUAUACGUCGCUCUAACCGACUGAGCUAUAUUGUUAACGGAAGUGUUGUGCUGCUGUUCUUUCAAACUUGAACUUAAAUGAAGGGGAGGCUAAUGUAUAUACAAAAAAAUAAGAAUGCAGUCGGACUGGGUUUAAUUAGAAACAUGUUUAUUAUAACCACCAGACUAUUUUAUACAUUAUUUUGAUAUUAAACAUAAAUUUAUAAUAAAACAUUAGCACGCAUAUCCUUACAUUUUGAUGACCGAAGAAACAUUUAUUACACUACAUGUUUGUACAUUAAUUUUAUAUCGGAUAUCAAUUCCAUGUGUAUCCUUACAGUUGUUUAAUGAAACAUUUAUUUUAAUACUCUAACUAUGUAUACUAUGUAUAUUCCAAUAAUAUAUUGAUAUCAGAUAUGAUCUCCAUUAUAUGACCCUGAGAAGUUUAUUUUUACAUUAUUUGUAUAGCAGAUGAAACAUUUGCUCUAAGGCAGUACGAUGCUGUUUUAAUGUCACGUCAAAUCUUUAUCUUAAUAAGUCAUUUCAAUAUCGGAUGAAAAUAUUUGUUUUAGUAAUAUGUUUUUAUGACAUUUUUAUAUCAAGUCUGAUCUAUAUGAAUUAUUUUGCUUUCAAAUAUAAUAUUUAUCUUAAUACCUUAUUUCAAUAUCGUGAUUUAUUGAACAUUAUUUUACACUAGUAAAUCUUUAUUCUUGUUUAUUCGGAUCUUGUUCUGAUGUGAUGUGUGUUUUUGCUGAUGCUAUGUCGGUGUAGAUACACCAGAGUGAAUAUAGCAGUAUAGAAGGGGCCCCGAUUGAUACGACAGCUCAAUUUAGAUUUUGUAAAAAUAUGUUUGAGAAAAGAUUGAUUCAAAAUGCAAUCGAAUUAAGAUUAAUUACAUAAUAUUUAAAUAUCAUAUAUUAUCAUUUUUGGAAAACAAAUUAUUCUUACAUUUUUUUGAGGUCAAAUAUAGCAUAUAUUGUGAAACAGUGUGUUGAAAUUUAUUAUAUUUUUGAUGUUACGUGUGUCAUUUGUCUUCACGGUUUUUUGAUGAUUCUGUCGACAUCGGAUGCCAUGCGUCUAUAUAGCGACACGUUAUGGACAUAUUGCUUUUAGAUAGAAAUAAUGCAAAAGUAUUUUGUAAAAUCUUGGUGGAUUCAAAACUUCACCAAAUCAGAAAAUAGGCUAUUAUACUUUGAUAAAUCAGUGUCUGAUGUACGUAUGUUACGGCUGAAGGCUACUUACAUCAUGUAUUUACAUGUGUUUAGAGACGGGACCUUCAGUUUUAUUGAUACAUUUUUCUGGAAUCGAUAAAAAAAACCGUAUGGUGGUCGGCUGGGAUCUUUCAGUGAUUUGGCGCAUUUUAACCACUUUCAUCUGAAAAUAACUUAGUAGAAGUAGAUAUGUAACGAUAACAUAAAAGUGUAACCCAGAAUACUAUAGUUUGGAUAAGUUUGAUCUCGGAGAGUAAGCUUCCCGUUGUGUAACCAAACUAACGGGGGUCUGUACCGUCCAUUCUGUAUUUUUAAUAAUUCUGAAUCUUAUUUGUGUUAAAACUGCAUAAGCGAGGGACGAUGAAACAAUUAAAAGUUACCAGUUUCCGUAAUAAGGGCGAUAACUCGGUUGGAUAUAUCCGACACAAAUAUAUAUCAUCGUUACCAGUUAUUCGUUUAUAAAA